GUACGGCGAUGGCGAGUGCAUAAGAUGCUUCCGGCUCAUGCGGAGGUCGCAUAAUGUCAUCGAGGUGUUCUCCGAGAACUUGAACAGGUGUUACACCAACGAGUCAGGUGCCACUGCCUCCUGUGCAACGCUCAACUCGACGGCCAUGCUCUACCGUACAAAGGACAUCGGUGCACCGAUUAGGAACGAGUAUUGCCCGAUAGCAGGACGUUAUCGAUUCAAGUACAAUGUCAACGACGGCUCCGAGGAGAAGGUGGAGUGCAAUAGCUUCUCUUCGGAUUUUGACAAUUGUCCGGACGGGUCCGUCUUCAAUUUGCGAUUCAAGCAGUGCUCCUUCGAAAAUCAUGACAUCACGUUCAACUGCUUGGGAAACUGGGAGGGUGGUCCAGGAGGUUCUCGAUAUGUCGCACUUCUCGAAACGGAAGGUGGGAAACGAAGACCGCAGUAUAGAUGCGGUUUAUAUCACGUGGACAACAAGAAAGGAAAAACUUACUUGGCGUUCAGCAGCGACUCGAGUUGCACCCAAAAUUUGGAAAACUCGACCAGCGGAUACGAGACCCUGAUCCUCAGCAAAACAACAAAUCAGAAGAUGGUGCCGAACUAUGUGAAAACUCAUUUGGCGUCAUUUCCUCAAUGGGCACAGGGAGAGUGGGAACAAUCUCUUAUCGUGAAUGGCACUAUGACGUUUACGGACUUGAAUGGAUACAACAGUUACACAUUUAUCACCGUAGAUUCUAAUGACGACACUGGACGAUACGUUGUCUUCUCCAAAGAUCAGUGUGAGCGAGAAGCUUACGUGUGUUUAAUCAUGAGGCAGCGAAGUGAAAACGUAUUGGAAUUUGCAACAGGAUCCAAUUCAAGCCCGAUUUAUCAAAGCUAUUUGUGCGACGAUCCUAAUCUGGAUAAGCCUGUAUGGAUGACACAAGCACGAAUCGAGAGAGUCGUGGAAUCCCCUUGUCCAAUAACUGGCGAAUACACGGGGAGGAUAACUGAUUUGCCUGGCAUGUGCGCCGAGUUGAGCAGUAACUGUAACACUCGAGAAGUCAUGUACUAUAAAGUUACCGACUGUAAAUCCGGAGAACUUUACGAGGAACGUACGUACUUAUGCCUUGGACAAUGGGAAGAAAAGGGCGUCAUGUACACAUACACGAUGAGAAACGACACAACGACGAACGAAUGCUUCGUAGGAUUGAUUGUGAACGACGAAAAGAUCUACAUCAAGGAAGCUGGAGAUCACUGUACUCGUGAAAUCGAUCCGAAAGAGCAAGGGAUGCGUCUCUAUAAGAAAGGUCAAUGUUAUGGGAAUUCACCUAGUCCGGCACCUACGCCGAUGAAACCGAUUCCACAUGAUCCGAUUAUGCGAAUCACCUCGACACCCCGAUCGCGAAUAUCAGUUGGAACGACUACAGAAAUGAGCAAUGCUAUUCCUGGAUCUGCAAACUGGAGGACACCGGGGAGCACGUUACUCGUCGUACUGUUCGUUCUCAUUGAAACAGUGUUUCAAUAACGACACUGCCAUACCGAACGUACAAUAGUCUAGAAAAUGAAUCCUAUUUUGCUACUCCCAGCAAACAUUGAAAUUCCGCGCUCGACGCGUCGCGGAAUCGUCUCUAAGGUAGAUAGGUACACAGAGUAUUUAAUGAUUAACUGCAAGCAGCGAAACCAUUGUAGAGAGUAUAUAACUAUAUUUUGUACUAUAGUAUAGUACUCGAUUUUAUACUACGUAAGUUCGACAAGCGAUACGAUAGUCGAACAAAGUGAUGGAAUAUUAAGAGAUCCGGCACCGAUUGCCGGUACAUAUCGAAAGUAUCUUGAUAUUAAAAUCGCCAUCAUACACUGCAAGUGUCUCUUUAUAAAGUCAUAAACAAUUGUGCGUGUUUUAUCAUACACUGCAAUCAACGUGUAAACAAUAGCCGAUAAUUGCUGUCAAUUUGCAGGCAAUUUGCGGGUAAUAUGCACCUCUCUUUCUAAAAUUAUGAAAAUCUAUGCAAACCGUACCGCAAUAAGUAUCGUAAUGAUAGGACGACGCGUUAUGGCCAAUUCGCGUUAACGCAUGUAUAUAUGUAACGUUUGAUAAUCUCGCGGGUUGCUCUUAAAGUGGUUCCCCUUCUAAAGUUCCCUUCACCACUUCAGUUAUUUAUUGUAUAUUUACCAACUGUAUAGAUACCUUGCCGGCAAAUUGUCGGUAAUUCAAUAUGCAAAAUGUUAAAUCGGAAACACCGUUAAAUGAAGAAGAAGUGCAGUAGAAAAAUUGCUGAUUGCAGCAACUACAGAUGCCAUGCAAUCAAAUGAUCUACCCUUGUAAAACUGCGCUUUGUACAAAAGUUCUCAAGUUAAUCCGAGUCUGAAGAAGUUGCAACGUUUUUCAUAUUUAUUUAAUGUAAGAAUACAGCAUGGUAUGGUAUUUUAUGUAGUGAAAGCAGUAACGAAUGAGACAUUUGGAUGAAAGAAAUAAGAGUAAACGAUUUGGGCUCGGAUUAACUACAAAUAAUUUUGCUUUUAACACCGGAUUUUUACAGUGUAAUUUUCAAUGCCUGCGAUCAUGCCAACUCCAACGAAUGAAACUUUAUGCUAUUUAUUUAUUUAGUUUACUUAUGUAUGUACUAAUGCAUUAGCUAAGCGUUUUAAUCCGAGAUCAGUGAACAUAGUGUCUUUUUCUAAAACAGUCAAUAUCCAAAUCAUACAAGUAAAUAAGCACAGCAGUCCUUCGGUAACAGGCUGCUGAAGUACAAAAGUUUCGAGCGAUUCAAUCAAGUGUUACUUAUUGUAUUUAAGAAAAUCGUUGAAGUUUUUAUAAACUAUUAAUAAGGAACGAAUCCUUUCUUAUGAAUUAAACCCCUUGGUUGAGUUGAUUGUAACCAAGUAACCUGGAUCUACGCGAUUUACCAUAUUAUACGAUAAAAUUACAGUCGAAAAUUGCGUGCACAAUGACUUUACAUUGCUAGUGCAUGUAAAAUCAAAUGUAAAUAGUUGUAUACUUGCUAUACUAUUUAUUAGUGUACUCAGUCGGUGGAAUAGUCCAAUUUAAAGGUGCCCACAGACUUGCCAAAUGCUCACAACGAACACCGGAGAUUGCCAAAAAAUGAACAUUAAUUUUCAAGCUUCGCUCAGUGUCAUUAAAAUGAACGGUUGUUUAAAUUCGCGUGAAACAAUGUGCCUGUUUAACAAAACGAAAGAUUUGGCAAGACACAAUGGCCUAUCUUUGAGUUUGUUCUUUUAUUUCGUGCUCCAAUUAUCUGAGAAAAUAUUCAGUGCUACAUUUCUAAGACAUGUGAAUUUUGUCGAAAAAGUAACAAAUAUAUCUGGAAAUAUGUUUUUAAUGAAUAAAUUCUAUUAUAGUUAAAUAAGUACAACCUAUGCAACGUUUUUUAUGCAAUACAGAGAUAAAUGUUUCUAAAAAUCACAUAACUCAACUCUUAGUGAAUAGAAAUACCAAUUGGAGUUCAAAGUAAUAGAAUUUUAUACUUUCAACAAUGUAAUGUAAAUACCUUGAUUAAUUUGACUGUCUGAUUGAAAACGGCAGUAAUAAAUUUUAUGCUGUAUAAAGAACAAGAAAUAUUGCAACAUAAUUUUAUAACGUACUUAAUUAUUGUUUAUUUCAUCAAUUUUAAUACUAUUAAUCAAAUAAAGAGUAUGUUCUGUAGACAUGUGAUGCUAAAA